AUGCCAGCCACAUCGAUCCGCCGCAUCAAAUGUGACGAGACAAAGCCCAGCUGUAAGCGAUGUACCUCCACAGGACGUAAAUGCGAUGGAUACGAGUUCCCCAAAGAGAGCUCCAGCAGCUCACCAUCAACCGCGUUGUCGCCACCGCAGCAACCCACGGUGCCUUACCAACAUCUAUUUCAACCCAACUCAAUCUCAAAACCGUUUCAGGGCAACACACAAGAACGCCGUAUCUUCCAUCGAUUUCAGUAUUGCACGGUGCCCGCAUUCACUGGGGGCUCCGAAACCGGUUUCUGGACAAAACUCGUCCUCAAAGUGGGUCACGAGGAACCGGUGGUCCGGAACGCAAUCAUUGCCUUGGGGACGUUGCAUGAAGAUUACCAGGACCGCUGUGGCAAAUACAGCCCCCAGUUAAUUGACGACCAGAGCUACCGAUACGCCCUGAAGCUAUAUGGGGGUGCGUUGCGCGAAUUGAACCAGAGACUCAACACUCCCUCGAGCACCAACGCCAAGCUCGCCAUCAUUUCAAGUAUAUUAUUCGCCUGCUUCGAAGUUCUUCGACGCAAUAACAUGGCCGCCGUCAUCCACUACCAGCAAGGAAUGAGAGAAUUGAUCAGACAAAUGAAUCUGCCUCAGGGUGAUGACAUCUCACUCGCACCCUAUUCACCUGAACAACAGUCCGGCUCGCGACCAACCUUCCGCGAGAUGCCUCAAGAUGAGCUGGAUGAACUGCUUCGAGUCUUUGCCCGAUAUGACAUUCAAGCAUGCACGUUUUCCAAAGAGCGAGCGGAACCUUUGUUAACCCGUGUUGGCCAAGUGCCUCGGAUACUGCCGACCAACCUUACCUUGAGUCAAGUUCGCAAUCAUCUCGACAACCUCCUUGUUUCUGUCUACCAACUUGUCAAGUCCGAUGCUCGGAUGUACCGGUAUUGGAGGAGAGAUGCCGUGCCUGUAGAGUGGCAGACUCGACGCCAAGAGGCAAUCGACAUCUUUGAUGCUUGGGUGGCAGCUCUAGAGAACUUUUUCUCGGCGCAGGCUCCGAGACUAAGUCGUACCGACACCAAAAGCCUGCUGGGUCUCCGCCUCCAGAUCAGGACUGCCGUCAUGAUGCUCAAAGUGUGCAUUGAUUGUGGACCAGAGAGCACCUUUGACGCCUUUAAAGAUGACUUUGAAGACAUGGUGUCCAAAGUCGAAGAUGUGACCAGAGCUCUGAGCUUGGCCGAAGCAACACCCUUGGAGGAUGAGCUCACACCUUUCACCAUGGAGCUUGGCAUUAUACACCCUCUCUUCUUCACGGCCUGCAAAUGUCGAGACUGGGGUAUCAGACGCCGGGCCGUGGCCCAACUCAAGAGAGCCGGCAGGGAAGGUGUCUGGGAGGGACCUAUAAUGGCCGUCUUGGCCCGGAGAAUCAUUGGUUUGGAGGAAGAAGGCCUAUCUCAAGGAGACUUGGUGCCCGAGGCGAAUCGAUUCCACGACAUCAGGAAGAACGUUGAUUAUGACAGUCGGCAAAUCUUAUUCGAAGCCACCAGAGCUUUGGAUACUGCCUGGGAGAAAUUUUCGGUUCAUAGGGAGGCGGUUCCGUUUUGA